CUAAAGCAUUAUAUAUAGCUUGUGUGUACUAAUGGGUGGAGGAGGACAGCUCGUGAAUGUUCCUGUGAUAGAUUUCACAAAGGAAGACUUGAAGCCAGGCACCCCUUCAUGGCUAUCAACAAGCGAAAGCGUCCGACAGGCACUUGAAGAGUAUGGCUUCUUUGUGGCUGAGUUCGACAGAUUCGCUUCUGAUGAGCUUCGAAAUGGAUUGUUCGGUUGUAUGAAGGACCUGUUCGAUCUGCCCGAUGAAACCAAACUCAGAAACAAAUACGAGGGUAUCCCCUUGAAAGGUUACGUCGGACAGAAUCCUAAGAUCCCUCUUCACGAAAGCUUCGGUGUCGAUCAGGGCACAUCUCCUGAGGGCAUCAAAAGUUUUGCUGAUCGAAUGUGGACUCACGGAAAUGACCAGUUCUGCAAAUGUUUGUAUGAGUUUGCGAAAGUGGUGGAAGAACUGGACCGGAUGGUGGCAAGAAUGAUAUUUGAAAGCUAUAACAUGCCAAUGUGCUAUGAGCCAUACCUAAAGCAAGCAAGCUAUCUUCUUCGAUUGUUAGAACACAAAGGCUCAGAAGAAGACCAACCAAAACAAGCUUUCGUCACUCAUACCGACAAGAGCUUCACCACCAUUCUUCACCAGAAUCACGUCAAUGCUUUGGAGGUCGAAACCAGGGAUGGCCAAUGGAUCAAAGUUGACUUCUCUUCUCCCACUUCCUUCGUGGUCCUCGCCGGCGAUGCCAUCAAAGUUUGGACCAACGACAGAAUAGAAGCUCCGAGGCAUAAGAUAGUGAUGAAGGGGAAUGAAAGAAGGUACUCACUGGGCCUGUUUACCUUCAUCAGAGGGAUAGUGCAUGUGGCCGCGUCGCUGAUCGAUGAAGAACACCCAGCCAAGUACAAGCCUUUUGAUCAUCUGGAAUUACUCAAGUUCAGUUACAGUGCCAAUAUUAAGGACUUCUGUGGUUUGUGAGUGGCUUCUUGUGGAGGAUUAAAAAAACGUGCUGUGUUCCGGGGCAUAUUCUGGGAACAACGUCCGAGUAGUGUUUUGGACGUGGGUUGUGGCGUCUAUGUUAGUUGUUCUGUACUAGGGGUUUGUGCUGUGUUGUAUUUUAAUUUCAGAAACAUCGUAUCAGUAAAUCCGAGCAGAAGCAUUGCCUUUGGCUUUGGUAA